AUGGGGAAAGGUCGCGCCCUAAGCGACGGCGUAAUCAAGAAAAUCAUCCUCUCCUACACCUACGUAGCAAUCUGGAUCUUCCUCAGCUUCACCGUCAUCGUCUACAACAAAUACAUCCUCGACAAGAAGCUCUACAAUUGGCCAUACCCAAUCACUCUCACCAUGAUCCACAUGGCCUUCUGCUCCUCCUUGGCCGUAAUCCUCAUCAAGGUCUUCAAAAUCGUCGAGCCGGUCUCAAUGUCCCGCGAGACUUACCUCAGAUCCGUCGUCCCCAUCGGCGCGCUCUACUCGCUCUCCCUCUGGCUAUCGAACUCGGCCUACAUCUACCUCUCCGUCUCCUUCAUCCAGAUGCUCAAAGCUCUGAUGCCGGUCGCCGUCUACUCGAUCGGAGUCCUGUUAAAGAAGGAGACUUUCAAGUCCCAGACGAUGACGAACAUGCUCUCGAUCUCGUUCGGCGUCGCGAUCGCCGCGUACGGCGAGGCGAAAUUCGACGUCUGGGGAGUCGUGCUUCAGCUCGGAGCCGUCGCGUUCGAGGCCACGAGGUUGGUUCUGAUUCAGAUCUUGCUUACUUCUAAAGGAAUCAAUCUGAAUCCGAUUACGUCUCUGUAUUACGUUGCGCCUUGCUGCUUUGCCUUCCUCUCUGUUCCGUGGAUCUUCGUUGAGUUUCCGAUUCUGAGAGAGACUUCGAGUUUCCAUUUUGAUUUCGUCGUGUUCGGGACGAAUUCGGUUUGCGCGUUCGCGUUGAACCUCGCUGUGUUUCUUCUCGUUGGGAAGACUUCGGCUUUGACUAUGAAUGUUGCUGGUGUGGUGAAAGAUUGGCUCUUGAUCGCUUUCUCUUGGUCUGUGAUUAAAGAUACGGUGACUCCGUUGAAUCUGUUUGGGUACGGGCUUGCGUUUUUGGGUGUUGGGUAUUACAACCACUGCAAGUUGCAGGCGUUGAAGGCGAAAGAUGCUCAGAAGAAGAUUCAGGAGAGUGAUGAAGAAGCUGGGAAGCUUUUGGAAGAGAGGAGGGACAGUGAAGUUUCUGGAAAAGAGACUCAAGAUUGA